AAUAAAUACAUAAAUGAAGAAAAAAUAGUAAAAUAGAAGUUCCUCAUCGUCUUCAUCUAGUUCUAGGAGUAGAGAAGAUGAAGUGAAGAAUUAAAGAGCUAAAGUUUCAUAUCAGGAGUACUUGCUUCAAAGAAAACAAAGGAGAGAGUCAAUAAAAAAAUCAAACAUUUGGCAAUUCAAUAGUGAUUCAGAAGAAGUUCGUAAAGGUAUGGACUGAUAAUAUAUUCAGAUUUGGCAAUAAUGAAAGAAUAAAGAAGAUAAUAAAGAUAUAUUAUUGAGGAGUAAAUGAAAUAAGAAGAGGAUAAAUUAAGAAGAGCUAAAUUGGAUGCUAUUAUGAAAGGAGAACAUUUACAAAAAGUAUUACCAUCUAAAUCUUAAGAAAGAGAAUAACAAUCUGAGCCAAAAGAGAUUGUGAUUCAGGAGGAAGUUGUAAAUUAACAAGAAGAAAUCGAUUAAGAACAAGAUGAAGAAGAAUAAUAGUAAAUUUUCAAAUAUAUUCUUUCAGUUAUUCAGAAACUGACUCUGAUGAUUCCUUUGCUGAGAAGGUUAGAAAACUAAAUGAAGAAAUGCAAAAGAAGAAAGAAGAAAAUGAUAAAUCUUGUUAAAUAGGUCCUAUGCCUCUCUUGUUUGAUAAAAACUUACAGCAUAGAACCAAUUAUGGCAGUCAGUUAUUACCUGGAGAGGGGGCUGCAAUUGCAUAUUAUAUCUAAUCCGGAAAACGUAUUCCCAGAAGAGGAGAAGUUGGGUUGACUUCCGAAGACAUAGAAAAGUAUGAAGGAUUAGGGUAUGUAAUGUCUGGAAAUAAACAUCGGAAAAUGAAUGCUGUUAGAUAAAGGAAGGAAAUGCAAAUUUUAAAUGCUGAAUAGGGCAAGGCCUUGAUGAUAUUCAAUUAUGAACAGAAGGUUAAGAGAGAGAAGCAAAUCAUCGAUCAACUGUAAAAACAAUUGAAGUUGAAAUAAACAAAUUAAGCAAGUUAAUGA